CUUCCGGUGAACUAUCACCCGUGAUUGCAGUGGUGUUUACAUGCAUUUCUGCAAAAAAGCAAAAUUCAUUCGUCAUGGACUGCCGAUGUGUUUUUCUGUGUAUAGCGGUGGUAACGAUCAUACUUCCUGUUCCGGUGGAGACAGGAAAUAUAUUGGUACUGGUGUUUCCAACUUGGAGCCACAUAAAACCCAAACUCAAUAUAGCCACAUCACUUGCAAAUAAAUAUGAACACCAUUCAACUUUUAUCCUAAGCGAAGAAUUUGCAAAUAAAGUGAAGGAAGACAACAUUACUAGUGUUAUAGUACCAGCUGCAUACAAAAAUGUCAGUGUAGAUGGGUUUUUAAAGGAUUCCAUAGAUGAUGCUUGUAAUAGGAAGAUGCCACCUUUUUUCACAAUCUUAACUAACGCCAAUCGUUUAUGCCAUGCUCUUCUCUCAGACGAAGAUCUGUUUACAGUUCUACAACAGCAGAACUUUGAUUUGGCUUUUAUUGAUAAUGUAAUGAUAGCGGACUGCUUCACAGUUCUCGCAUACAAACUAGGAAUCCCUUAUGUGCAGCUUGGUGUCAUGCACACACCAGUCAGGACAAGAAUACCGUUUAUGCCAUCUGUACAUCCUGCCUUCGCCCUCCUAGGUUUCUUUGACGAAAUGUCGUUCAUUCAACGAGUAGUCAAUACGCUCUUUUCGGUGGUGAUGGCUGUUUCACCCCAGGUGAUUUUCCCGACCGAUUUGGUUGCGACGUAUGUUCCAGAAAAGCCAUUUGUGCCAUUAGAAGUCUUACAUAGACGCACGGCGUUUCAUCUUGUCGACAUGGACUUCGUACUGGACUUUCCAAGACCGUUGAUGCCCAAUGUGGCAUUUGUUGGAGGAGUUGGAACCGAGAAACCCAAACCAUUGCCAUCUGACCUUAAUUCUUACAUGGCUUCUGCAACUAAUGGAGUCAUUGUAGCCUCGUUUGGAAGUAUUGCCAACAGUCUCCCUGCAUCUAGGAUGGAAACACUUAUUGGUGUAUUUAAGAAAUUCAAAAAUGUAAAAUUCGUGCUGAGGUAUGGAAACGAGACAAAAGAGGAUGGUAAUAUCUUACUGAUGCCGUGGCUGCCCCAAAACGAUCUGCUAGGACAUCCCAACACCAAGGCGUUCAUCACUCACUGUGGCAUUGGCGGCCUCUACGAGGGGCUGUACAACGCAGUGCCGAUGAUUGGCCUCCCCUUCAUGACAGAUGGAUUUUACAACUGUCGUAAAAUGGCUUUUAAAGGAUUUGGUAUUUCUUACGAUUUCUGCAUAUUUACCGAUUUGGAAUUAUCGAAUGCCAUACAGGAAAUUCUUGAUAAUCCCAAAUAUAGCGUGAAAAUUAAAAAAGCGUCAGACAUUUUCCAUGGUCAACAGGGAACGCCCAGUGAACGUUCUGCGUACUGGAUUGAUCACGUGAUCCAACAUGGCGGCGACUACCUCCAAACACCGGCGACUGACAUGCCUUUAUAUAAAUAUUACCUCCUGGAUGUCUUGCUGUUUAUAACUUUGGUGACGUUCCUGAUUAUUUGGUGCUGUGUGAGGUCGAUCAGAGCCUGCUGUAGAUGUUGCUGUAGACCGAAAAUCAAAGUUGAUUGAAUACUUGCAAUGUCCGACUUAGGUACACUUAGGCGUGCAAUGUAUUUGUUUCCAAAAAUGAAUUUCAGUCUUACACGGUUCAAAAUCACACACAUCUAUACUCGAAAUACUGCCUGUGACUACUACCUUAAAAGUACAUAUUUCUUAAAACCGAUGAACAUAUAUGUAUUGGAAAGAUGAGAACACUUUAUUUAAAAUGAUUUUAUUUUCCUUUUAUAUCAUCAAUGUAUUGCAGGUAUGAUUUUUCGAAUCUUAUAGUUAAAUAUGUACACAUUUGAAUGCCAUUUAAUGUAUAUGUGAUUGAUACAACAAUGGGAAUAUAUAUAUUAUUGCAAAUGUCAAAACAUGUUUUGGUUUACAGAUUUACUUACAUUUCUGAUCAUUUAAGUUACAGUUUAUCUUGGCUUUUGUUAUGCUGUUUCGAGUUGGUAAAAACCUAAUUUCGACCUCAGUGAAAAUUGUCUCAGUAGUUUAGUAAAGGUAGCGAAUGAUACCGAGAAACCCAAGCCUUACGUAUUCCUGCAGUCUGUGAAAGGAUAACAUAUCGCAAAUUCAUAAAUGCCAAAUUGAUUUCCAAAAUACAAAAUGUAUGUUGUGAA